AUGUCGCACCACUGCCACGACGAGCACGACGACCACCACCACCAUCAUGAGGGCGGGGCAGAGCACGACCACUCUGACGACAUCACCCCCGCCGUGCAGUUCUCGCUGUACCAGCACAUCAACUUUGACGAGAUCACCACCCUGAACGAGCAGGUGCACGGCUCCGGCCAGGCCAUUAUCAAGAAGACGUGGGCCGAACGAUUGGCGACGGAGCCCGAGGUGGUGAGCGAUGCUGAUGAGCAGCUGAUUAUCAACGUUCCUUUCACAGCCCAAAUCAAACUGCACUCCGUCCUCCUGCGCACCUCGCCCUCCCCCUCGGCCCCGCGCACCCUCCGCCUCCUCGCCAACGCCGACAUCCACGAUUUCGGUCAAGCUGAGGACUCUACUCCAACACAAGAAUUCGAGCUCUCCCAGACUUCGGAAAUCCAGGAAUUGCCCGUCAAGCGAGCCAAAUUCAACGCCGUGCAAAGACUGUGCUUGUUUUUCCCGGAUAACUUUUCGCAAGGAGAGGAGGAUGAAACGAGAAUCAGUUAUAUUGGUUUCAAGGGAGAGUGGAUGACGUUGGGACAAGCGCCGAAGAAUAUCGUCUACGAGGCGGCGGCUAGGCCGACGGACCAUAAGGUGAAAGGGACGGCGGACGCAAGAGGUGUGGGAUAUAACCGUCAGGGGUAG